AUGGUUGUUACGUUAAAGUGGUGUAAUCAAGUAUUUGGUGGUGCUGGCUGGCCGGUGCUGGGACGGCGCGAGGCGCGUCGUCAUACGGUGUCAGGGUGCGGCGGGGGCGGUGCUGCCAGGCGGGCAGCGGGCGCCCGGCCAGCGCGGGGAGGGGGACGUGGGGGCGGUGGCGGACGUCGAGCGCGCCGUGCGCUUCGUGACCUGCGCGCACGCCGCACCCACCACGCGCCCAACGCCGCCGCGCCACUGCCCCCGCCGCACACCGCCCACCACCACGCCGUACUGCUAGACCCACCGCCCACGGACACCGACCCGCCUAUGAAUACGUCACGCCUAUAA